GCAACAGCACCAGCGGCAGUCGGCACCCGGUAGCACGCACCAGCGUCCAGACAACACAGGUGUGGACCGUGCAUUGCGCCGCGUGGACAUCUCCUCACUCCGCGACCGCCCUGGAUGCUGAGCGCUUCGAACUCUGACAGACAAACACUGUUUAGAAACAGGCGCUCCCGGAAUCGCAGCUAGCAGCAAACCUCUCGUCUCGCCAGUGCCUACUCGUCCAAGCGGUGCUGCUCCAGCAUCACAGCGGACCGUUUCUUGCAGCUGAGGGGCCGAUGUGCGUCGCGGGAGAGGACCGUCGGACGCCGGCGGGGCGCGUGGCCGACUGGUACGCGGGCCGCUGCGUGCUCGUGACCGGCGCCACCGGCUUCCUGGGCAAGGCCAUCGUCGAGAAGCUGCUGCGCUCGUGCCCGGACGUCGGCACCGUCUACCUGCUGGUGCGCCACAAGCGCGGCCUCGACCCGCGCAAGAGGGCCGACGCCUACGCCUCCAGCGUGGUGUUCUCACAGCUACGCGCGCAGCGGCCCGACUUCGCACGCCACCUAUCCGUGGUGGCCGGCGACCUGAGUGCGCCGGACUUCCAGCUGGCGGAAGAGGACCUGGCAGCCCUUCGUCGUGACGUCAGCGUCGUCUUCCACUGCGCCGCCAGCGUCCGCUUCGACGACAGCCUGCGAGUCGCCGUCGUCACCAAUGUUGUGGGCACGAAGCGCGCCCUGCAGCUGGCCGAGCAGCUGCCGCACUUGCAGGUGUUCUUACAUAUAUCAACGUCUUUCUGCCACUGUGACAACUCUAUUCUUGAGGAGAAACUGUAUCCAGCGAGAGCAGACCCAGAAAAGAUAAUAGAUAUUGUCUCAUGGAUGGACGAUGACCAGUUAGCAGCGAUAACGCCCAAGUUAGUGGGUGAUCUUCCAAAUACUUAUGCCUUAUCCAAGAAUCUUGCUGAACAGUUGGUUGCAAAUUAUGCACAGAAGCUUCCUAUUGUAAUCGCCAGGCCAUCCAUAGUAAUAUCAUCCUGGAAGGAACCUAUGCCAGGAUGGGCAGAUAAUACAAAUGGACCAGUUGGUCUGUUAAUAGCAGCAGGUAAAGGUGUUCUGAGGACAGUGCUUGGACAUCCUGGAAUUUAUGCAGAUGUAGUACCUGUAGACUGCACAGCAAAUGCCAUAAUUGCCCUGGCUUGGCAUCUUGGAGAAAACAGGCCAAAAAGCCCUUAUGUUUGCAAUAUUACAAAUGGACGAGAUAACCCUGUAACAUGGGGUGGUGUUUUGGAAAUCCUGAGAUCAAUUAUACUAAAAGAAAUUCCUCUUGAAGGAGGCAUUUGGUAUCCAGUUGGGGAUAUGACAUCAUCACCAUUCCUGCACAAGCUUCGCCAUAUCUUCUUCCACAUGAUACCAGCUUACAUCAUUGACUUUUUUGUGUUUCUAGCUGGCAAGAAACCUUUCUUGGUUAAUGUACAGAAUCGUUUGCAAGUGGGUCAAGGAAUGCUGAGUUACUACAUGGUGCAUGAAUGGUUAUUUUACAAUGAUAGGCUUCAUGCACUAGCUGACUCUAUGGUUCCUGAAGAUCGUGAAACAUUUUACACUGAUAUAAAACCAAUUGAUUGGUUUGAUUUUUGCAGAAAAGCAAUUACUGGGGCAAAAUUAUAUAUCCUGAAGGAAGACAUAGAAAAUUUGCCCAAUGCUCAACGGCACAUGAGAAAGUUAUACUGGUUACAUCAUACAGUGUUGGCAAUUUUCUAUGGCCUCCUCAUCUGGUCCUUGUACACAUGGUCAGAACCUAUACUGGCGAUGCUGGAAUUUGUGAUGGGACACAUUGUAACACUUUUCAACAAUGUUCCUGUUGUUAGGGUACUUGCAGAUGACAUUUCUGUGUCUCCAGAUGAUUUAAUUUAUGACACAUCUCAUAUGGUCCAAGAUUGAAAAAAACCUCUGUUAGCAAUGUUAUAGGUUAUUGUUCCAUAAUACAACUAUGAAUGGAAGAACAAAUGAAGAAAUGUUCUGUUUAAGAUUUUUUAUAAGCUAUAGCUUUACAUGAAGAGUGUAUGGUUCCCAUGAACUUAACUCAUUGAAUUUUCUUAUUUAUACAAAUAAUUUGAACUUUUAAAACUCUAUGUGAAGAGGGAUUAUAAGAAACUGUUUUAACCAUUCUCAUGAAACUGUAUUUCAUUGUGCUGUAACUGUUGCUUCAAAGGAGGGAGCAGACACAUUAGAAACAAGAUACUUUUGUGAUUCAAAUACAUGUUGUCUCAUGAGAAUGAGGGAUCUCAGGAACGAGACUGUCAUUGUGAAGCUAUGUUGAAGUUCAAGUUAGUGUGAAACAGUGUAUUAAUGAGAAGCUCAGGAAACAUCAGAAGGCACACAUUAAUCAUCAAGAAAGAUGUGUAGUUUUCUGACUACAGAAGUUUUUAAGUUAUUCCAUGUGGCUAAAAUAUUUUAAAUGCCAUGUUGAAAGGAAAUAACAGAUUUGCUGAAGAAUAUUAAAAAUAACUUCUUUUAAAAUAUAAAUGGAAAGUAUAGAAUGGAAUAAGAUUGAUGACUGAUUGAUGUGGCAGACCUAUAUUCAUAUUAAAAUGAAAAUGACAAACAUGUUAACAGGCAUAAAAGAGUGAAUAUGAAAACUCUUCUUCUACAUAGAACAUAUAAAAGGAUUGUGUAUACAGAAAAUCUCACACUUAUGAUGACUGUUCAUUGAUCAUCAGUUCAUUCUUAAUGUGGGUCAUGGUCUGUUCCAUCCAUCAAUAUUUUCCAAAGGGAAAUUUUCUAAUUUUAAUCUUCUUUAAUUCAUAUCAGUUUGUGGCAAAGAAGUAUUAAAAGGAACAUGUGAUACUCAUUACAUUCCACUUUUUGACAUAUGAGCUACUAACAAAAAGGGGUGGUAAUUUUAUUUUUAUUUUUGCAUUAAAAUGUUUAUGUUUUCGAAUUUGUUAGUAGCCAUUCUGUUUCACAUCUAUCAAGACACAGUGCUGUAUCUAGUGUUCUAUUAAAUGAAUGUUCAAAUUUUGUAAGUUUUCAAAAAUCUGUUCAUCUCUGGUUUUAUAAGUACCUGUAAAAACACUGGAAUA